UUAGGGUUUACAAUUUGUGAAGCGAUUCAUCACCUUCUUCCCUUCCUCCUCUGAUAUUCUCUUCGCCGGAUUCCGCCGCAGCCCACUGUUUCUCUAACACUUUACAUGGCGCCAAAGAAAGAAAAAGCCCCUCCACCGUCCUCCAAGCCUGCCAAAUCCGGCGGUGGAAAACAGAAGAAAAAGAAGUGGAGCAAAGGAAAGCAAAAGGAGAAGGUGAACAACAUGGUGCUAUUCGACAAGGCUACUUAUGACAAACUUCUAUCUGAGGCCCCUAAGUUUAAGCUCAUCACCCCUUCGAUUCUAUCCGAUCGUCUUAGGAUUAAUGGAUCACUGGCAAGAAAAGCAAUCAAGGAUUUGAUGGCAAGAGGUGCAAUCAGGAUGGUUUCUGCUCAUGCAAGCCAGCAGAUAUACACCAGGGCUACCAAUACUUAGAACAAUUGAGUUAGUUUUAGAUUUCAUUUUUCAGCCUAUGCAUCAUCCGAUUUAAACCAAUUUUCUUUCUUUUGAUGACGAUUUGCUAAUGUCUAUUGUGUUUACUAUCCACAGUUUUCUGAGUGUUAUUCUCUUUAGAUGUUUUUGUUAUUUGUUGACUCUUUUAAAAUGCUAUGGGGUCG